AUGUCGGGCGCAACCAUGGGUGCUGGAGAGCAGCUCUAUGCAACGCUUCUCCUAAACGACUCUUACCUCCCUGGAGCGCUCGUUCUUGCUCACUCGCUUCGCGAUGCCCUCACAACCAAACGGCUCGCCGUUUUAGUCACACUGGACUCUGUGUCAGCCGACGCCAUCACCCAGCUUAAAGCUGUAUAUGACUAUGUUAUUCCUGUUCCAAGAAUUCGAAAUCAGCAACCUGUCAAUCUACACCUCAUGAACAGGUCAGACCUGCACUCGGCCUUCACCAAGAUCAAUCUUUGGAAGCAGACUCAGUUUUCCAGAAUAGUCUAUCUUGACGCUGACGUUGUGGCUUACCGAGCUCCAGACGAGCUCUUCCAGCUACCUCAUGCUUUUUCCGCUGCUCCAGAUAUUGGCUGGCCGGAUCUCGUCAACACUGGGGUGAUGGUUCUCACCCCAAAUAUGGGCGACUACUACGCCAUGUUAGCCAUGGCUGAGAGAGGAAUCUCAUUUGAUGGUGCUGAUCAGGGUCUAAUAAACAUGCAUUUCAAGCACAACGUCAACCGCCUGUCAUUUACUUAUAAUGUCACCCCGUCUGCUCACUAUCAGUAUAUACCUGCGUAUCGUCAUUUCCAGUCUAGCAUCAGCAUGGUUCACUUUAUAGGUUCUAAUAAACCCUGGUUUUCCGGUCGUCACUCAACUCAGGGUAACGCUCCCUUUGACGAAAUGGUCGGCCGUUGGUGGGCUGUCUACGAUCGUCAUUACCGAACACAGGAGACUGUUUCGCAAUCCGCCGUCGUGUGGCCCGCGGACCAAUCCUCAGUCCACGGCGGUGCAGUUGCCACCCCUGUGUCAACUACUGCCGGAAUACGUACGCCUCCAGGAAGUAAUGAAGACAAUCGUGCCGGCCAGCCGAGUGCUGGACAAACGACAGGUGAAACCCCAUCUCAGCAAGCCUUACCAAGUGGUUUUAUUGCCAAUACUUCACAUCCGCGCCAGCAGAUACCAGCGGCACCUAGUGAAGAGAAUACGGCUACAGAGACAACCACAUAUGAUCACGGGCCGCGUCGGGUCGAUAUCGUGCAAGAAUCUGCCACCCCUGGCCGCCAGCAGUCCUCUCUCUUGGCCACGGUCAGUUGGGACGCCCAAAGGCACCCGCCACCGCCAGGGUCAAAGCCAGAAGCCAUGAAUUUUCCGUUGACUCAUUACGAGAUGUCACGCGACACUAAGCCUUUUAUUCCUCCUGUACGCUAUCCCAGCCCACCAAAGAAUAUGUGGUUCGACCUUCCAGAACAGUCGCCUCCAUCGUCAACCAAGAAGCCAAGGCAAAUAUUUCCAUGGGAGGCCCAUCAGCCCACUCCAUCGCGCUCAUUUACUACUGCAACAGUGUACGAGACUGACGAGCCACCACACACCCACGAGUCUGAUGAGGGCGUAAAGGGGCCAACCUCUGAAGAUCUAGUAAAUAUACCGCCUUCAAAAGCUGCGGAGAAGUCUUCGGGCUCAGAUGUGGUGACUGGAAAUGCUCAAGCUUCAAGUGACCCUUGGAGCUCAUAUUCAAGGGUUAAUGCUUGGGACGAUGUGCCCGAGAUUGGUCGCUAUGUUGAGGGAUUACAGAGGCAUCGUCGGACUAAAAGCCAAGGAGGAAUUAGACUUACGGCCGGUGCCACAAGUCCCGGAUCCGGCGGAGCCUCGCAGGCACCUAGAGCUUUCAAAGUAACGGACUUCCCGACGGAGGUGGAACGGCCAAGUUUACCGGUGACACCUGCGCCAAUUAGGCGCCCAUCAUUUUGGGGUGAUGACAACGAACUCUUAGACCCGGCCGACGAUGGUCACUCACUUCCGAUAGCUGAAGGCGUUCCAUCGCAGUCAGAAUGGGACCCGGCUGCUCGGCUGCAAAUGCUUGCACAGCAACAGUCUGAAGCGUUGUUGCGAAAACUUAGCGGCGAUGAUGGCGUACCGGGAAGAAGACCGAGUCACGAAAUCCCAUUGCGGCCAUUGCCUUUCGGGUCUGAACCUGUUCAGUCCACGACACACACGGCACAUACCGCCCCCGCCGCAGUCUUAAGCCCGCAACCUGUUCCAGGGAAACAACUCACGGCUGGUAUAGUUGAUGAUCUGAGUGGUCGUGACGAUUUACCAGCUGAGCAUGCUGUCAAGGAAGAGGUUUCGCCUCCCCUUGUUGACGAAUCCGAAGAAUAA